CUCCUCAUGUGGCUGUGAUGCACACCUGGCCUCUAGUCCUUAUAACUCUUUUAACACCCUAAUAUUGAAAGCAAAUAUUCUGAAAAAACCGAAGAGGGAGAGAGGUUUUGUGAUCAUUCUCUUUGAAAUCAGGCAAUGGCAACCACUGUGAUGACCACUCUCCCACAAUUCAAUGGCCUCAGACCCAAAUCUUCCACAUCUCCUGUACAAACUCUGGCAGCAGUUCAACCAAUGAGGCGCAAGGGGAAGGGAGCUUUGGGUGCUCGCUGUGAUUUCAUUGGUUCACCCACCAAUCUGAUUAUGGUGACUUCAACAAGCCUAAUGCUGUUUGCUGGGCGAUUUGGGUUGGCUCCAUCGGCCAACAGGAAGGCGACUGCGGGAUUGAAGCUUGAGGUAAGGGACUCAGGGCUGCAGACUGGAGACCCAGCUGGCUUCACCCUUGCAGAUACCUUGGCAUGUGGAACUGUAGGUCACAUAAUUGGGGUUGGGGUUGUUCUUGGACUUAAGAACAUAGGUGUCCUGUAAACUAUUAUCCUUUUAACCAUCUCAUUCUAAUACUCCUUUCUCUCUCUCUCUCUCUCUCUCCCCUUGGUGCUUUGUUUUUCCACCCUGAAAUGCCUAUUUGCCGACUUCAUUGUUGA